CGUGAUUUGCAGAAAAUUACUUGAGUGACAGAAUGUCAGAUGAGCGCCCUGUGUAUCGACCUUCGAAAUGGUACCCCGAACGCCGAGAUACUCUUUUCACGGAUAUCGGGGAAAACUGGGAGCCCGACUUGCUUUUGAACAAGUAUUUUUAUCAAGGGGCUGGAGUAGUGAUGGGAUUGGUCUAUGCUGCAGCUAUGGCAAUGUUUUCUAGACGUCCACUAGUCUCAGGCAUUCAAAGGUAUCCCAUUUACGCGGCAAUUGGUUGGGGCGUUGGUGAGGGUGCGGAUAGGUACAGUCAACACCGGUACUCUUUGAAAGAUGCGGCUGCGCGUCACUAUAUUCAGUUGCAUCCUGAACUGUUCCCUGUUCCCAAGCGCGAGACUUUCGGGGAAAAGUUCGGCAUAUGGCGUCCGUAUCGUUGA